AUGGUGAAGCCACGGAGUCUGCAUUUGGUCAGUCUCAAGAUAGAAGAAAACCCUACUUGGGUCCUGCCUGAUCACAACACCCUAGUGACAGAAUUCAUCCUAACUGGUCUUUCUGAUCUGCCAGCUGUUCGCUUCUCCCUGUUUGCUGCCUUUUUGCUCAUCUACCUGGUCACCCUGGUGGGAAACGGCAUCAUCCUUCUUGCCAUAGGAGCUGACUCACACUUGCACAACCCCAUGUAUUUCUUCCUCAGUAACCUUUCCUUGCUGGACAUCUUCUGCCCCACAGCUACAGUGCCUAAGAUGCUGGAGAAUCUCUUGUCAGAGAGCAGUACCAUAUCCUUUGCUGGCUGUGUGCUGCAACUCUACUUCUUGGUAGCCCUGGCAGGAACAGAGGUCUUCCUCUUGGCUGCCAUGGCCUAUGACCGCUAUGUGGCCAUAUGCAACCCCUUGCGAUACACGGUUAUCAUGAGUAAGAAGCUUUGUGUUCAGAUGGCUGCUGGUACAUGGAUCACAGGGUUCCUCAAUUCCUUGCUACACACAGUGAUGACCUUCACUCUGUCUUACUGCAAAUUUAAUAGGGUCAAUCAAUACUAUUGUGACAUUCCACCAGUGUUGGCCUUAUCAUGUUCUUCCACUUAUGCAGCUGAGAUGGUUGUCCUUAUCUUUGGGGGUAUUUUUGGUGUGGGGGCUUUUCUGGUCACACUGGUCUCCUACACACACAUAAUCUCCACAAUUCUUAGGAUCCGUUCUGCAGAGGGGAAGCGCAAGGCCUUCUCCACUUGUGCCUCUCACCUAAUUGUGGUUUGUCUCUUCUAUGGGACAACCAUCUUUACUUAUGCAAGGCCAUCCUCCAGCCACCAUCCAGACCAGGACAGGCUGGUGAGCAUGUUGUAUGGGGUGAUUACCCCUAUGUUGAACCCCUUGAUCUACAGCCUUAGAAACAAAGAGGUGAAAGGGGCCUUGAAGGGGAUGAUCAUUCAUAAACGGCACUAA